AUGUCAUCAAAUCGCAAAAGACGGGCCAACGCAGCAGUCGAGACUGAGUCAACCCCAAGCGCUCGCCGGCGCAGAAGACAAAGCGAAGAAUCCGACUCGUCACCCGCACCAAACAGCGACGAUGACGGACCAAGCGCACCAACCAGCACCGACGCAAUGGUCAAGAAAAUGGUGCGGCUCGCUAUAGCAAGUGAAUAUUCGCGGCUGCCGAUCAGGCGCAAUGACAUCAGCACGAAGGUGCUAGGCGAGCAGGGCUCGCGCCAGUUCAAAUUAGUUUUUGACCAGGCCCAGUGGGAACUGAGGCAGCGCUUUGGUAUGGAGAUGACCGAACUGCCGGCCCGAGAGAAAGUGACAAUUACACAGCGACGGGGUGAGUUGGGAUUCCGUCUUGCUUUUCUUUGUUGCAGACCCACGCUAUUUCUAAGAUCACUACUGACAUCCCGUACAACAGCCGCCCAGAAGACCACUUUUUCCUCGGCUAAUAAGUCAUGGAUCGUUACCACCACCUUGCCGCUCGCAUACCGUUCUCCGGACAUCCUGAUUCCAACUAAGGCACCCUCCCUAUACACUGAAAGCACAUACACGGGCCUAUACAGUUUCAUUAUAGCGGUGAUCGUACUGAACGGCGGUUCACUAGCUGAACAGAAACUUGACCGGUACCUAUCGCGCACAAACGCUGAGAUUGCUACGCCGGUCGAUCGCACGGAUAAACUGCUACAGCGGCUAUGCAAGGAGGGAUACAUUAUCAAGACCCGGGAGAUGGAUGGCGGCGAGGAGGUGAUUGAGUACGUCCUUGGACCGCGGGGUAAAAUUGAGGUUGGGACUAGUGGUGUGGCGGGUCUUGUGCGAACUGUUUACGGGAAGGAGAAGGGUGACCAUGCGGGCUUGACUCAACUACAGAGAGAAGAGCUUGAGGACUUUGAGGGGAAGCUUGGGAGGAGCCUUGGGAUCGAACCGGCAAGCAUACGAGCUAGUGGGGUGGAUGGUGCUAGCGAUGUGGAUGGGGAUGCUGGAGUCGAUCGGAGCUCUGGCCCUAGACGGUCUUCGAGGCGUGGUCCUACCCAGGAGCAAGAAGAGGAAGAAGGUUCUGUUUCCGAAGAAUAUGAGGAAGAGUGA